GUCUAAGAUGAAGACAGCCAGCAUAAACUAAACUUAACGUAAAUCAUACUGUUGAUCUCAAGAAGUAUUGUGUAGGUACAUGAAAACAUGGCUGAAGAAUUAUUAAUUACGUCGCUAGGAAAAACAUCGCACCUAACCUCAUCUCUGCUGGCAGUUGCUUUCCUCACCUCCUUUGGUAGCUCUAUGCUCUAUGGGUACAACUUAGCUGUGGUCAACUCUCCUGCUGGGUACAUUAAAGACUUCUAUAACCGUACAGUGGUAAGCCGGAAUGGAACUGGACUGAACGAGGAGGCCCUGACACUGAUGUAUUCACUUACCGUUUCUGUGUUUGCGAUUGGAGGCCUGAUGGGCUCCUUGAUGGUGGGCACACUGGUCACCAGAUUUGGAAGGAAAGGAACAGUGGUCAACUCCACUGUACUGGUGUUCUUGGCGGGAUCUCUCAUGGGUUUCAGCAGGAUCUGUGACUCACCAGAAAUGGUCAUCUUUGGUCGUUUUGUAACAGGGAUACAUUCAGGUAUCUCUCUCAGUGUAGUGCCUAUGUACCUGGGAGAGAUCGCUCCUAAGAACCUGAGAGGUUUCCUGGGGCUCAUGCCCAGCAUUUUCAUUUGUGCAGGGGUUUUCUCUGCUCAAAUCUUGGGCCUGCAUGAACUUUUAGGAAAGGAGGAGCACUGGCCCCUGUUCCUCUCCCUUGUGGUGGUCCCCACCUUUGUCCAGCUCAUGCUGUUGCCGUGGUUUCCAGAAAGUCCACGCUACCUGUUGAUUGAGAAGCACAAUGUUCAUGCCACUAUCACUGCUCUGAAAUGGUACAGGGCUAAAUGUAACAUCCAGGAAGAGAUAGAGGAGAUGCAAGAGGAGCAACGUUCUCUGUCCUCAGUGGAGACAGUGUCUGUCUGGCAACUGCUACUGGACCACACUGUUCGCUGGCAGGUUCUCUCUGUGGUGGUCAUCAACAUCGGCAUGCAACUGUCUGGCAUUGAUGCGAUCUGGUUUUACACCAACAACAUCUUUGAGAAUGCUGGAAUUCCAGUCCCUGAGAUCCAAUACACCACUGUAGGAACUGGAGCUAUAGAGAUCAUUGCAGGCCUUAUAGGAUGUUUCACCAUUGAGCGGCUGGGGCGCAGGCCAUUGAUAAUCGGGGGUUUUGGUGUCAUGGGAAUGUGUUGUGCUGGGAUAACCCUAUCUCUCAUUCUUCAAACACAUGUGCCUUUCAUGAAAUAUGUGAGUGUGGGGUGUGUGGUUGGGAUCAUCGCUGGAUUCUGUAUAGGGCCAGCGGGUGUUCCAUUCUUGAUCACAGCAGAGCUCUUCAAGCAAUCCCAUCGUCCAGCUGCAUACACUGUGGGAGGGUCUCUUAACUGGAUGUCUAACUUCACUAUCGGCUUCAUCUUUCCUUUCCUGCAGAGGUCUGCUGGGUCAUAUUGCUAUCUGGUAUUCUGUAGCGUGUGUCUAGCAGUGGCCAUCUACGUCUUCUUUGUUAUUCCUGAGACCAAAAAUAAGACGUUUGUAGAAAUUAGUCAGAUGUUUGCUACUAAAGAAGCUGUGGAAGAGAGCCAGGCCCUUGGUCCCCUAGACCAGCUCAAACUGAAGAAAAUGAAUGGAUAUGGCACGCUUGAGAAUGGUUCACUUGAAUUUGACAGCUCAUCAUCCUGUCCUUGAUCUUCAAUGAAAAGCUACAUAGCAAAUUUGGAAGAUUUAGAAAUUAAACCAAAUGGCUGAAUCACGUUUUUAUCGAUACGUUAAAUGUCUGAGUGAAUGACAUGGUAAUGGCUAAAUAUCCUGCACAAUGGCCAAAAAGACUGCAAAAAGGUUUGUUGAUUCCACAAGAUUGAGACUUAUAACAAAAAUGUGCUCUGUUAUGCACAAUACUUGUGCUGGAAUUUAUUUGUGAGAUGAUGCUUAGAACAUCUAGAGCUUUUAGAGAAUGUUAGAUACUUUGUACGUAAGAACAAUGCCAUAGACAUGUAAUUUAUAUUGGUUUUUAGAACUUAGUGACAUGUUAUGAAAUUACAAACUAUAGUUUUAGACUGUUUAUCAUGUUUGUGUUAUGAGAAAUUAUUUCAUGAAUAUAGGCCUUAAAUAGUCAUCCAUGUUGUUGAGUUUAUAAAGUGAUAUAUACUUACAUUUAUAUUUUGCACACAUUGUUUUAGGCUUUAAAACAUUAUUUACAUUGAAUCAUGUAGUAAUGCUCAGGUGUGUACCAUAUGUGUCCUCCUCAGAGAUUGUAACAGUACUUCACAUAUCCUGCCCCCCACCCCCCCUGAAA